CUUUAGCGCGACGCAACGCUGCAUUAAAAGCAAUUUUGCCAUUCAAAUUGUUUCGGUUUAUUUUGACGUCUAAUAAUUCUGUUGAUCUGGUUCAAUGUGGCAAAUUGCGAGUUGUGUUGGGUUCUUUUACCGUUUUCGUACGUGUGGAAGCACACACCUUUUUCACCAGUAGAUUUCACUGAAACUAUGCUUUCUGUUCUGCUUGCUAUAUACUUUAGUCAUAUAAUUCAUAAAUGGUUUGAAGAUGUCUGAUGUCAUUGAUAACAACGAUGAUGGCAAUCAAGAGGCCUCAUUUGUCAUCUUUGCAGAAGGACCUGACGGGAUGACUCAAAUAGAUCAAAAUGAUGAAAGUCAACAGCUUUCGAUUGGUGAUGAUGGUAUCACAAUUGUUGUGACUCCAGAAAAUGAACAGCAGGUCUCUGAGCUUUUAAGAGCCCUUCAGGCAUCACAGGGUGGAGAAGACGUUCAAAUCAUGACUGAAAAUGGCGAAGAAAUUCACCAAUUCAGCAAGGUAAAGGAAGAAGUUAGUACUGAUGAAACAGAAAUUAUAGAACCACCUAAACGAAAACGAGGACGUCCACCUAAACAGCAGCAAGCCCAAGCAACAACUAGCGUAGUGACAGCGGCCGAAACGGCGAACAAAAAAGCUAAACUAAUUGAACUAGCUUUGCAAGAGGCUGAUGCAAGUGUGGCUGAAGGAGUAUCUAAUCUAAAAAGCUCUCGCUUGAGGGAGAAGGCCGCCAAGCAGGGUGGAUUGAAGAAGCUAUGGUUAAGUAAGGAAGAUUUGGAAGAAUCAGGAGAACCGGCAGCUGAAUCAUUUGAUCGUGGAGAAUUGAAAUCCGAUGGAGAAAAUGAAGUUUACCCCUGUGAUGAAUGCCCUGAGCUCGAUUUUGGGUCCAUCGAGGAACUGAAAGAUCAUCGAAAGGAAAUCCAUCCAGCAACAUUCCAUUGCGAUAUAUGUGGCAUUGGUUUUGAAGACCAAAUUGGAUUUUUCGAACAUUUGAAGACUCAUUAUGAGAAGCAAACUCCGAAAAAAGGACGUGGUAGACCGCGCAAAUCAGUUGCUGCACCUUUAACUCCCGUCGCUUCCAGUUCAAAGGCACCCGAAGAGUCUGUUAACGUGACUUGUGAAACAUGCCAAAAGGAAUUUCGUAACUCAAAGGCAUUAGAUUCCCAUGUACGUAACGCUCACCCUGAUGCUAUCACAAAGGCUUACCACUGCGCCCAAUGCAACACUAGUUUCCGCUUCAAAGAAGCCAUGGAGACCCACAUGGAAAAUGUUCAUGGUGCCGAUAGACCAGAGGAUGGUUCUGCUCCAGAGCCUGGGAAAUCAAACGAAGAAAAAGAAUUGGAUCUUGCAGAAUUUGAGGCAGAAGAAGAGGGUGAAAAUGUUAUGGGGGAAAUUGGCAUGGAAGAAGAUGAGGAAGACUCAGAAGAUGGCGAUGAAAAUGACCCCGGAGGCAACGAUGAAGUCGAUGAAUUAGCUCUUCAAGAAAGUGGAGUAGCUGAAUAUGAUCCAGCCAUUGAUGGUCACUGUUGUCAACUCUGUGGAGCAGUCUUUUCGGCCAAGAAAAGACUUAUUCAGCACUUAAAGGAGGAUCAUCAUAUUGGCUUUAAGCGUGGACGCCGGCCAAAGUAUCCUCCGGUGGAAACAGCCGAAGAUGGCACUUUCCCCUGCCCUGUGUGUAAUCGAACUUUUACGCACAAGAACUCAUUGGCUUAUCACGUUCGAACGCAUGCCGGAGAACGACCCCACCAGUGCGAGAUCUGCGGCAAGUCUUUCUUUGCCAAUGGAGCAUUGAAGGUUCACAUGCGAGUCCAUACCGGUGCUAGACCGUAUAAAUGUGACGAAUGUGGCCGCGAGUUCCGCCAAUGGGGUGAUCUCAAAUAUCAUUUCACCUCCUUGCAUUCUGGCGUACGACAAUAUCAAUGCGAAUUUUGUGGCAAGUCAUUUGCGAGAAAGUAUUCUUUAAUUGUUCAUCGACGCGUGCAUACAGGCGAGCGUAAUUAUAAAUGCGAAUUCUGUGGUAAGGGAUUCCGUGCUUCGUCCUACCUCCUCAACCACCGUCGGAUUCACACAGGAGAGAAACCUCAUCCUUGUCCUGUGUGCUUCAAACCAUUUCGAAUGCGAUCGGACAUGAAGCGCCACAUGCAAAUGCAUGCACGUGACGGUUCGGAUGUUUCAUUACUUUUGGCAUGCGCUGAACAAGGGAUUGAUCCCCUUGAGGCAAUUACUGCAGAUCCGGAUGCUUUGGCUGCGCUGAGAGAAAAGACUGCCAACUCGAAUGAAGCUAAAACAACUGCUCCUCGGGGAGCUCGUGGCCGCAAACAAUUAAAAAGCGAAGAAGCGACUGCAGUAGCAACAAUUCAAGAUGAUGAAGAAAACGAUGAAGGAUCAGUUAUGCUGACUAUUGUGCCCAAUGAAGAUGGAGAGAUGGUGGCUGUACCUAUUCACGUACAAGAUGAAAACGACGAAGAUGAUGACGGAAACAAAAUGGAAGUCCAUAUGGAUGGUGACGAAAACGCUGAUAAUGAGGAAGUUCAGCAACUCCAGCUGAUCAAUGAGGACGAACUUAUUCAAGAAACCGACGGUCUAGGUGCAGUGACAAUGAGGGAUCCUAAUACUAAUACCUUGUAUGUGUGGUCUGUGUUCCCUAAUUCUCAGACUAAGUAAUCUAUUGACACAAUGACAAGCGCCCUAGUAAUUUUUUCUUCGCGAAUUGAAUCGCUUAUUAAUUGUGGGAUCUGUCAUUCCCUCUCUGAUUCUGAAGAUUAUCUUUGCAUAGAACUUUUGAGCUUCUCUUCCUAUUCAACCGUUGCCCCUUGUACAGAUGUUGUACCAUGACACAGAACAGCAGUGAAAAUACAACCGGGAAACAAAAUA